GUUUGUCUCAGCAGGGGCUCGGCACCAGCAGCAUUGGGAUCCAGCUGUCCACCACAUGUGUGUGAAUGGGGUCAUCAAGUCCAUUCCCUGACUUUAUAUCACAUCCUUUUCUUCAGCAUUUCUGCGGGCCACCAUGUUGGGAUGAGCAGAAGGUUCUAGGAGAGGGAUGUAGAGCGAAAAUGCUGAGGAAAGCCCUUCUGUGGAUGAGAAGACAAACACACUGCAGACAUCAUGGAGUACAGCAUGAUUCUGGGUGUUGAGGGGAUCAAGAAGACCAUCUUGUAUGGGGGAACCGGCGCAAAGCCAAAAUUGGUCACUGGAACUAAGGUGACGUUUCAUUUCCGCACACAGCUCUGCAAUGAUGAACGUACCGUGAUUGAUGACAGUAAAAAGGCUGGGAUGCCCAUGGAAAUGGUGAUCGGGAACAUGUUUAAGCUGGAUGUGUGGGAGACGCUGCUCAUGUCCAUGCAUAUUGGAGAGGUGGCUGAGUUCUGGUGUGAUGUCAUCCACACUGGGCUGUAUCCAAUAGUGGCCAAGAGUCUGCGGCGUAUCGCAGUAGGGAAAGAUCCAGUGGACUGGCACAUUCACACCUGCGGCAUGGCCAAUAUGUUUGCUUACCACAGCCUGGGCUAUGAUGAUCUAGACGAGCUCCAGAAAGAACCACAGCCGCUGUACUUUGUCAUGGAGCUUCUAAAGGUACAGCAGCCCAGUGAGUAUGACAGAGAGUCGUGGGCUCUGAAUGACGAGGAGAGACUGAAAGCCGUACCUGUCCUCCACGGUCAAGGAAACAAGCUCUUCAAACAAGGCCGAUAUGAGGACGCCACCCUCAAGUAUAAGGAAGCCAUUAUGUGCAUCAAGAAUGUACAGUCAAAAGAAAAGGCAUGGGAAGCGCCCUGGCUAAAACUGGAGAAAAUGGCCAACACACUCACUUUAAAUUACUGUCAGUGUUUGCUGCGCAUGGAGGAGUACUAUGAGGUCAUCGAACACACAAGUGACAUCAUCAACCAGCACCCUGGGACAAUGAAAGCCUUCUAUAUGCGAGGCAAAGCACACAUGGAGGUUUGGGAUGAAACCGAAGCCAGAAAUGAUUUCAUGCGGGUGUUGGAUCUGGACCCAGGCAUGAAAAAGACCAUCAAGAAAGAGCUUGCAGUUCUCAAAAUGAGAAUGGAGUUAAAAAAUGAGGAGGACAGGCUGAAGUACAAGGGCAUGUUUGCAAAAAUAGCAAGCGAGCAGGAAUCUCUAGAGCUGGAGAAUCCAGACCAAGAGAUCCCCGAGCAAACGUGUCCAGAACAAGAGAUGGAAAAUCCAGAGGAAGCACCUGCUGAAGAACAAGCAAACUCAAUGCAUAAAACUUCAGAGGAAAUGACUUCAGCACAAUCAGAUCCAGAACAAACAACUACUGCUCAAUCAAGCUCUGAUAAUGUGAUCCCAGAACAACCAACGACUCAGGAUCUGACUCCAGAACAAGCUACCAUAGAAGAAACUGCUCCAGAACAGUUCAACACAAAUCACACAUUUGCGGCACAGUCAGAUUCGGAGGAAACAUCACCAAGUCCAGAGCCAAUGUGUCCAGAACAAGAAGUCCAAGAUACUGAAUCCUCAGAUCAAAUGACUCCAGGAAACUCACCGCCAAUCAAUGAGUCUUAAGCAUUACAGAUUUUUCAAGAGUGAUGCAAUAAUGAAGGUAUUAAUGUUCAAUAAGUAGCAAAUAUACAUACUUUAUACUGCAUACUUAAUUCAGCAAUCAUAAAUAUAUACAACUAAAAUGCCUCUCCACCUUCUCAUUUGAGCACAGAUUAAUCACUGGUAGAAUGCAAAAUAUUUUAAUAUGUAAAGUUCAAUUACAGGCAGCACGGUGGCACAGUGGUUAGCAAUGUAGCCUCAUAGCAAGAAGGUUGCUGGUUCGAGUCCUGGCUGGACGAGUUGGCAUUUUUGUGUGGAGCUUGCUUAUUCCCAUGUUCGUGUGGGUUUCCCCCACAGUCCAAAGACAUGCACUAUAGAUGAAUUGGUUGAACCAAAUUGGCCGUAGUGUAUGAGUGUGUGUGUGAAUGUGGGAGUGUAUGAAGUUUCAGAAUACUGGGUUGCAGCUGAAAGGGCAUCCGCUGCGCAAAACAUGCCGGAAUAGUUGGCGGUUCAUUCUGCUGUGGCGACCCCUGAUAAACAAGGGACUAAGCCGAAGGAAACAAUGAAAUAAUGAAGAUCAGUCACAAUUUUGUAAAUAUUUCAAACCUUUAACCAAGGGAAAAUGAAACUCUGAAGCUCGGAUUUGAUAAAGAAAUGCCACAAAAGCAACACCUAAAUAGAAUAAAAUGACAAAAAGUCAACACAACAAAUAAUUUAUAUUGCUUUAACUUAAUUUAUUAAGCUAAUCAAGCGUCAGUUCUUUAUGUUACACAAUCUUUAACUUCCUGUUUUUAGUUAGUUUGAUUGAUGUAAGUUGAGAUGACUCAAAGUUAAUUUAACUCAACUCAAAAAGUUAAGUCAACAAGAUUUGUUUCUUACAGUGUAUUUAUUAAUCUUGUAGGAUCCAAUGGAAGUCUGUAAUGCCCUUUUCUUCUGCUUUUCCUGUUUUUAUUGCGAGACCGAAUGUACCAUAGCGACUGUAGUUUUGUUAAUCAGCCAAUAAAAUAGCACUCACUCAUU